AUGGAGAUUCCUUCCCCAACUUCUUCCCCAACCAAACCCCGUUCGAGGUUUCCCACCAUACUCAGAGCUGGUGGUAGGUCUGCUAGUGCCUUUACUUUGGCUAAGGCCACUUUGGGUGCUGGUGCAUUGGCGAUGCCCUCGUCCUUUCAAGGCGCCGGGAUAGUCCUCUCAGUGCUCUUACUAAUAGCAUUGGGAUGGAUGUCGGCGAUAUCUAUCAACAUGAUAGGACGUGCUCAGACUCAUUCGGGUAGAGACACCUUUGAGGAAAUCGUCCGGCUCUACUACAACGCCUGGGUCGGCUACGUCUUCGAGAUCACAAUGAUCUUGUUCUGUUUCGGCACUGCUGUGGCCUACCUGAUUUCUAUUGCUGAUCUCCUCAACCCCGUGUUCGAGAAGUGGAUAGGCUCUCAACACGAACACGACUGGUAUGGCGUUCUCCUCCUCAAUAGGACGGUCUUCUCGGCCUUGGUCACCUACAUUUUCCUAUUACCAUUAUCACUUUUCGAGCGCAUUAAUAACGUUCGAUGGAUCAGCUUCGCUGGAGUAAUGUCGGUCAUUUUCCUCGCUAUUUGUAUUGUCUACUUGCUCAUUAAACACGGCGUCUUUAGUAGUCCGCAAGAUACGACCUCGACCUACCUCUGGCCGAGCAAAGGUUUCAACGGCGUUAUCAGUGCGGCAUCAGCAUACAUCUUUGCAUACGUCUGUCAAGUUAAUGUACCACAUAUUUACUCCGAGAUGGUCCCAUUCAGCGAGAGGAAUCUACGCCAGGUCUCCUACGCAUCGGUUGCUCUCUGUUUCGUCGUAUACGUAGCUGUUGGCACGUGCGGGUUUUUAACGUAUGGGAGCACCACAAGAGGGAGUAUUAUUCAGAGUAUGCGUGCAGAUUUUCUCGAAGGCAAUAUAUUUGUCACCAUUGCUUUCAUCCUUAUGGGUGUCGCAGUCUUAGCUGCAUAUCCUCUCAAUAUCUACCCUCUAAGGGCAGCUGUGGUGGGCACAGUCAAAGGCAUCACUGGUCGUCGCCAUCUUCAUCGAUGGGUCGGCCCAGCUAUAACUUUUAUCUCGGUCUCGCUCACUCUAGUCGUAGCGAUAUAUUUACCGGAUGUGAAGGUGGUCUUGGAUUUAGUUGGCUCUAUGACUGGUUCGAUCAUUUGUUACAUAAUUCCUGCUGGGUUCUGUGUCAGAAUCGUGUACUUUAAGCGCAACAAGAUGGUGGGGAAGUUGAAGGAUGAGUUGGCAGCUGAAGACGACACUUCGAUGGACUAUCCUAAUUGGCUUUCGUUCGGAUUUAUCGCUUUCGGCGCCGUUUUUGUUGUUAUUGGAACAUAUGUUAGUCUUGUCGGCGUUGUGGAGUUCUACCAGAAGUAAUUCUGUCAAAGGUAAAUUUCGUAUUGUUCAGUCAGCUUGAAUUGUCGAUCAUUACUACUU